UUUCCUCCUCCUCCUCCUCCUCCCCCUUAACCCCUGCCCGUCCCGGCACCGCGGGGCGCAGCCGGCGGCUCCGUUCCCGUCCCGGUGGGUGCCGGUGGGUGCCGAUGGGUGGGGGUCACCCCGGCGGUGCUGGCUCUGCUGGUGGCCGCCGCCCUGGGGUCGGGACCGGCCCCGCCCGCCCUGUCCUUCCUGGAAAACCCCUCCAACGUCACCUCCUCGCUGGGUAAGACGGUACGGCUGCGGUGCCGGGUGCGGGGGGCCGGCGAGCCCCCCGAAAUGGGCUGGCAGCGGGACGGGCACCCGCUGGAGCUGGCCGACAGCGACCAGGCCCAGGUGCCGCUCAGCGAGGACGUCUGGCUGGGCACCAGCCAGCUCAGCAUCCCGGCCGUGCAACUUUCGGACGCUGGGCGCUACCGGUGCUGGGCGCGCGCCGGCGGGGAGCAGCUCCUGUCCACCGAGGCUCACCUGGAGCUGGCGGGGCUGCCCUUCUUCUUGGAGGAGCCGGAGGACCUGGAGGUGGGGGUUGACACCCCCUUUAACCUCAGCUGCGGUGCCCGGGGCCCCCCCCGAACCCGUGCGGCUGCUCUGGCUGCGGGACGGGGCCCCCCUCAACUCUCUGCUGGACCCCCUGUCCAGGGCCCCCUCCACGCUGCUGGUCCCCGGUGA